UAAAAUAUAUGUAUUAAAAACUGCGAGUACUCUGACGGCAUCGUUGAGGAAAAAAAAGAGCAACACUCUUUGGUACAAUGUUAUGUUAGUUCAUGGAAGUAAUUGCGACGAGAGACAAAGAUGGCGUGAUUCCGGCCAAAUAGUGUUUCGCGGACUGGAGGGAGGACUAAGAAACGGGCGGAGAGUUUUUCAGUUCCCAAGCAUUUGCAGUGUUUGCAAGGGGCGGAGACAAGGCUGCAUCCACGGGGAGUUUAGCCGCGCGGAGCUGCCUCAGUGCGGGCUACCGCUGCUAAUGAGUUGGCUAACAAUAGUGCUAACAACAGUGCUAAUAAGUUAGCUAACAAUAGGCUUCUUCCGCGGUCCCACCGGGACUCCAACGACAAGUGACCCGCCUUCGGAGUUGUGGGAGUGGGCGAGCAACAACCCGAGGUGCCGACCUCCUCCUCCGCCGCCGCCGCCGUGAGAAUUGGGACGUUCCGCGAACAUUACACUUCCCGCCAUGAGGAGCACCGAGGAGGCGGAGGGCUUGGACGGCGAGGCCUCCAACACCUCCAUGAUCUCCGGGGCCGACAGCCCCUACCAGCCCACCACCGAGCCGGUCCACGCGAGGAGUAUCUUCGGGGGGAUCCGCUGCGACGUGGACUACCUCAAGUCUUACUUUGGCAUUUUAAAGGGAGUGGAAGUGGUCCUGUCACUUAUUGGAUUCAUCUGCAUAGAAACCAUCAUGAUGUGUUCUCCAUGCGGCGGCGUCUACUUCUUCGAGUUUGUCAGCUGUAGCGCCUUUGUGGUCACGGGCGCCCUUCUUGUGAUUUUCUGUCUCAACCUGCACACCAAGGUUCCCCACAUCGACUGGAACCUCACGGAUUUGGGCAACACGGCAGCCAGCACCUUCCUCUUCUUCCUGUCCUCCCUGGUGCUGGCCUGCAUCAACCACAACACUGGAGCCGAGAUCGCAGCAGUGACCUUCGGCUUCCUGGCCACAGGUGUGUACGGCCUGAACACUUUCCUGGCGGUACGGCGUUGGCGCCGCGGCGGAGGCGGCAACCCCGGCGGCCAGAGGGCGACCCAGAGCAGCGAGUACAUGCGAGCGCGCACGGCCUCUCGCGGGGAAAUGGAGGCGCGGCCCGAGCUGGCGUAAGAAGGCGAGGGAAAAAAACAAAUCAGACGGCCGAGAAGGACGCCGCCGUGUGGAGUGGUGAACUCAGAUUUGGAGCGACCUCGCAAGACCCCCGGCCGCGCUUCCUGCCCUCAUUCCUGAGCCACAGAUGUGCUCGGCGGGUUUGUUUAGCAGGACUCCAACACGAGCGUUCCACAAUAAAACGGAAGACUUUGGGGAAGAAGUGAAGGAAUGGAAACAGGAAGACUUUGUAUCCACGUGAGUCUCCCAGUCUGAGCUGAAGAUGAUGUCCAUGAUCCUCCCUGCAGUGACUCCUCCGACGUCUCACUGUGACACGUCCGGCCGCUGUUUGAGUCCCCGCCAUGAUGAUGAUGACGACGGCUGACACCAGAAAUAUAAGUACGGUAAUACCUCAACUUACGACCCAACUCCUAACUCACAACACUCGAAACUUAAAUCAGUCCCGCUUAUUUAAAUGUAUUUAAUUUGAGUAUGUAACAUGCCUUUUAAAAACAAAAUCUACUUUUAAUGAAUAAAUAUUGCUUGACAAACAUUAAAUUGGAACAGGGGUGUUCAAACUUUUUCCACUGAGGGCCACACACUGAAAAAUGAAAGAAUGCGUCUGCCGUUUUGAUAUUCUUCAUUUUCAAAACCAUUCGGGCUCCCAGGGACCCAAAUGGGUCUCAGUCUUCAGUGGUAAAAAUAAGUCAAUAUUAACAUUUAUUUUUAACUUUCAACAAUUAUAUAAAUAUCUAUAUCUAUAUAUAUAUAUAUGUUUAUAUAUCUAUAUAUACACUACCGUUCAAAAGUUUGGGGUCACCAAAACAAUUUUGUGGAAUAGCCUUAAUUUCUAAGAACAAGAAUAGACUGUCGAGUUUCAGAUGAAAGUUCUCUUUUUCUGGCCAUUUUGAGCGUUUAAUUGACCCCACAAAUGUGAUGCUCCAGAAACUCAAUCCGCUCAAAGGAAGGUCAGUUUUGUAGCUUCUGUAACGAGCUAAACUGUUUUCAGAUGUGUAAACAUGAUUGCACAAAGGUUUUCUAAUCAUCAAUUAGCCUUCUGAGCCAAUGAGCAAACACAUUGUACCAUUAGAACACUGGAGUGAUAGUUGCUGGAAAUGGGCCUCUAUACACCUAUGUAGAUAUUGUACCAAAAACCAGACAUUUGCAGCUGGAAUAGUCAUUUACCACAUUAGCAAUGUAUAGAGUGUAUUUCUUUAAAGUUAAGACUAGUUUAAAGUUAUCUUCAUUGAAAAGUACAGUGCUUUUCCUUCAAAAAUAAGGACAUUUCAAUGUGACCCCAAACUUUUGAACGGUAGUGUAUAUAUAUAUAUAUUAGGGCUGCAACUAACAACUAAUUUGAUAAUCGAUGAAUCUGUCGAUCAUUUCUUCGAUUCAUCAGAUAAAAGAGACAAACUACAUUUCUAUCCUUUCCAGUAUUUUAUUGGGGAAAAAAAAACGCAUACUGGCACCAUACUUAUUUUGAUUAUUGUUUCUCAGCUGUUUGUACAUGUUGCAGUUUAUAAAUAAAGGUUUAUAUAAAAAUAAAAUAUUGCCUCUGCGCAUAGCAUAGAUCCAACGAAUCGAUGACUAAAUUAAUCGCCAACUAUUUUUAUAAUCGAUUUUAAUCGAUUUAAUCGAUUAGUUGAUGCAGCCCUAAUAUAUAUAUUGCAUUGAUAUUGCAUAUUUUGUGUUUUUGCCGGAAGAAAAACUGGGUUUUCUUUGGGGGGGAAGACAUAAAACAAAAAAUAUAUUUUAAAAACUUAAUGGCAACGGAUAGAUCUGAAG